CUCAGUGUCUGGGGAGGUGGAGGACACCCCAGCGUUGGUGAAAGCCCCCAUCUCCCCCAGGGUCCUCUCUUCCAACUCCCAAAAUGUACUCUAUUUUUAUCUGCUUCACAAACCCUGCCCAGAUAAAGUCUUCCAUCCCCACCAACUGUCAUAAGUGACUAUCAGCUCUUGUCCAUCUUGAUGUUCCUGUUCUCAGCGUGCAUCUCAGACUGAGUGCUUCCCUUGGGGGAGCCCCCACUCCCACCUCCUAGGACAGAGAUCCAUGGGUUGGCGGAGGAAAGGGUGACCAGAAGCCGUAGCAGGGCAGCGGGGAGAGUGGGUGUGAAAGACGGACACGCGGCCAGGCUCCCAGUUCUCCAGCUAAUAGAGUGCCGAAGUGGCUGCUAUAAUCUGAAAGAGCAGAUACCGUAAUCCCAUAGUACUUCCUAUUGUCCGCAGGACGCAGUUCUGUCCUGACACUGAAAUUUGGGUGUGCCGGGGUUCUGGGAAUUCACAACGCUGGCAACAAGUUGUGAAGCAACUGUGUGCAGGGUAGGGCAUGGGGAGGGUUUCAGCAGAGGAAGUGAGGUCAGUCAACAAUUGAUGCCUGUCUGAGCCUUUAGCCACCGUCUCCCCCAGCCUCUAUUCCUGUCAAAGGGUGGGGGUCCCUGGCCCAUCUUGCAGAAUCCCCAUAUUAGAGCAAGAUAUCUUCGAGGUAUACUCCUGCUUCUAAUGCCCACAUGUCUCCACAUGGCUCUGAGGCCACCCCCUCCCCAGCCUUUUCAUUUAUUCAUUUAACUAACAAACUCUUUCACUGAGGGCCUACUCUGAGUCAGGCUCAGCCAGCCUGCAUGUUUGCUCUGAACUGAGAUGAGCAUCAUUUCCUCCUAUUCUCACAACCACCCUAUGAGGCUGGCACCGUUUACUAUGCCUGUUCAGCAGAUGGGGGACUGAAGCAUGGAGAGGUGUCACUAGCCUACGCUGUGCGGCGGAGGGCUCACGGCUAACCCAGAGCCAUCCCAUCUGGGCCAGUUUACCCCUGUGCUGGGAGCUGACGGGGAGAGGCUUGGAAGAGCAAAGGGGACAGGGGUGUGUGUAUGAAGAGGUCGCAGGGAGGAGGCUGAAAGAUUUGGGAGUCGGGAGUCCCCAGGGGCAGAGCCAAAAUACAUCUAGACCUUGCCGGCCCCGCACUCUGCCCUCGCCGCUCUGAGCCUCCUAGACCGAGGACUCCGCGUGGCGAUUGGGUCCCGAGAGGCCGCCGCGCCGGCCGCGCACAGCGAGCCUCUCCCGGGCCCCAGCCCCGUCCGGGGCCGCGCCCGGACCCUGGCCCGCUGUCAGGGCUUGUGCGACCGCGGCCGGGCGUCGCCCGGGAGGGGAGGCGGCCCCCGCCCGCUGCACGCUCGCGCCCCGGUGCCCACAGGGCCGGCCGAGAGCAGGGGGCUGGAAGGAACCCGGACUGGAAAUCAGAAAACUUUGCUCCAGCUGGGUGACCCCGGGACCAUGACCUUGGGCACCCCCAGGAGGGGCCUUCUGAUGCUACUGAUGGCCUUGGGCCUGACCCAGGGCAACCCCGUGAAGCCCUCUCGGGGGCCGCUGGUGACCUGCACGUGUGAGAACUCACACUGCAGGGGGCCUACCUGCCAGGGGGCCUGGUGCACGGUAGUGCUGGUGCGGGAGGCGGGCAGCCAGCCCCAGGAGCAUCGGGGCUGCGGGAACAUGCACCACGAUGAGUACUGCAAGGGGUACCCCACUGAGUUCGUCCACUACCACUGCUGCUACAGCCCCCUCUGCAACCACAAUGUGUCCCUGGAGCUGAAGGCCACCCAAACUCCUUCGGAGCAGCCGGGAGUAGAUGGCCAGCUGCCUCUGAUCCUCGGCCCCAUGCUGGCCUUGCUGGCCCUGGUGGCCCUGGGUGUCCUGGGCCUGUGGCAUGUCCGGCGAAGGCAGGAGAAGCGGCGGGGCCUGCACAGCGAGCUGGGCGACUCCAGCCUCAUCCUGAAGGCGUCGGAGCAGGGGGACAGCAUGUUGGGGGACAUCCUGGACAGCGACUGCACCACAGGCAGUGGCUCCGGGCUCCCCUUCCUGGUGCAGAGGACAGUGGCACGGCAGGUCGCCUUGGUGGAGUGUGUGGGCAAGGGUCGCUACGGAGAGGUGUGGCGUGGCUUGUGGCACGGUGAGAGUGUGGCCGUCAAGAUCUUCUCCUCGAGGGACGAACAGUCCUGGUUCCGGGAGACGGAGAUCUACAACACAGUGCUGCUUAGACAUGACAACAUUCUAGGCUUCAUCGCCUCCGACAUGACCUCCCGCAACUCCAGCACGCAGCUGUGGCUCAUCACGCACUACCACGAGCACGGCUCGCUCUACGACUUUCUGCAGAGGCAGACGCUGGAGCCCCAGCUGGCCCUGAGGCUCGCCGUGUCGGCAGCCUGUGGCCUGGCACACCUGCACGUGGAGAUCUUCGGCACGCAGGGCAAACCGGCCAUCGCCCACCGCGACCUCAAGAGCCGCAACGUGCUGGUCAAGAGCAACCUGCAGUGCUGCAUCGCCGACCUGGGCCUGGCCGUGAUGCACUCCCAGGGUAGUGAUUACCUGGACAUUGGCAACAACCCAAGAGUGGGCACCAAGCGGUACAUGGCACCCGAGGUGCUAGAUGAGCAGAUCCGCACAGACUGCUUUGAGUCCUACAAGUGGACCGACAUCUGGGCCUUUGGCCUGGUGCUGUGGGAGAUCGCCCGCCGGACCAUUGUCAAUGAUUACAGCUGUCUAGAGGCAGCAUCAGGGUCUGAAACCAGGCAGUCUGACUCUGGAGCCAGUGCUCUUUAUCACUGUGUCGACCUAACCCUCUCCAGUCCGCAAUUUCCUCAUCCCCAAGUGCAGUGUGUACUGGUGCCUGCACUGCCUGCUUGUUGCUGCCCCAUUAUUGCCACGCGUUGCUGCAGGGACUCUGGUUUGGAGGGGCCGGGCAGGCAGAGGGACCUGCCUGGGCAGCCCUGUCUGUGGUGGGUGUCUUCUCAGCCCUGGGGUGGAUGGAGGAUGAGUGGUCAUCGGGACUGGUGGGAGGAUUAGCAGGCUUUGUGGAGGUUGCCCAUGGUGAGGGGCUGCCAGGAGUCCUGAGAGCUUGGGGACAAUCCUUGGGAUAUGACUGGAGCCCUGUUCCCUGGGGACUUAUUUACUGGCAUCUACCAGGCGCAGCCCCAUGGCAGACUUCAUUUGCCCUCAGUGGUCAUCAACUGACAAUGGAGGCCGAGGUGUCACUGAUCCCUCGAGGAGGCUCUAGAGGGGCUCAGAUCCCUUGACUCAGCAUGAACUGCCAGAGUGGGGUCUAGGAGGCUGGGGUCAGGGGAAGGGGGCACCUGGAAGACGUUAAGGCCCCUUGGAUCAGGCUGCAGCCCAGAGAGGAAGGGCUGGGAAGGAGGCUGCCUGCAGGCUCCCGGGCGGAGGGGGAAGCUCCCUCUGCCCCGCACACAUUCGCUACUCAUUAUAAACACUGUAAUCUGGUGUCAGCCCCAGCACUGAUUAAAGGCCCAUUAGACACACUCAGGCCUCUGUGCAGCGCUGAUUAGGACGCGACCGGCGCAGGGGCCAGCCUGGAAGCCCGCCAUGGGGAGAACAGCUGGCGAAGACUCUACUGAGGUUGCGGCCUGUGUGGCCAUGGCCCCCAGCGACACUGGAUGGCGCAUGGGGCUAUCGGUAGCUCCACAGGCAUUGUCUUCAGAAAGCUCCUACUAAGGACUGUGCACUGGGAUAACAUGGGGAGGGGACGCUGCUGGCUACAGGGGUCAGUGGGGGGCUGUAGGCAGACUGGGAUAGAAAUCCCUUUCUCUUAGGAGAGAUGUUUUCUGCCCCUUCUUGUCCUUGUUGCAUCCUCAUUCAGCAGUCAACUAGCUACCCUCCCGUAAGUGUAGCUUGGAGGUCAAGAGCACAGGCUUUGGCGUUAGACUUUCUGGGCUUAAAUCCUAGCUCUGUCACUUACUAUCUGCUGAUCUUAGAUGAGUUUCUUAAAUGCUCUGGCCUUAAUUUCUUGGCUUAUAAAGCAGAGCUAAUAGUAUUCCUUACCUCAUAGGGUAAGGAUUUAAUGCAGAGCACAUAGUAAGUGCUCAGUAAAUAUUCUGUGUUAUCGUCAUUGGGCAUCUGUGAUAGUUGGGGCCUGGGAGCAGUACCUGGGCCCUGGGUGGAAGGCACCUGAGGAAAGACCGGAGCAAGAGUGGCCUAGGAAUCCGAGAUAGGUUUGAGUCUUGAGUCUGCCUUUGCUAGCUGUAUAACCUUGGGCUCAACUUCUCCGAGCAUCAGUUUCUUCAUCUGUAAAAUGGAGGUAUUAACAGUACCCACCUCAUAGGGCUGUUGUGAGGACUGACAGUGUAAUGCAUGUAAAGUGUUUACAGCACAGUGCCUGGCACGUGGGAAGUACAGAGCAGAUGGCAGUCAUUUAUAUUAGUUAUAAAUGGAUUUAUUAUAUUAUAGUGUCCCUCUCAGGGGUAGCAUGGCCAGGCAACUGGUUUUCUGGCCCUUGGGACAGAGGGUGGGCAAGGCUCUUCUCUGGUGGUGUUGGGCCUUCCUCGGGUCCCCAGUGAUUGUCCCAUGUGCCCCCCAU